UGAGUAUGCAGGAAGCUAAACUGGCCAAGGAGAAGAUGCAUGGGAAAUUGGCAUGUGGAAGGCCUUUAGUAGUGCGACUUGCUAAAGAGAAGUACUUGAUGGAAAUGGCUGAAAAAUCAUGUGGUAGUGGUAGUGAGUCAAAUGGAUUGGGUACCGGGUCGGGUCAAAUGGCCCGAAGUGCAAAAAUAGCUGCAAUAAAGAACAAGUUGAAGGCCAUGGAAGAAAAUGAUCAUGUUACAAAGAGGCAGAAGCAAAAGUAGAAAGAUAAUGCAAGUUGUGUUUUUAGUAUUUGUAUGAGUAAUGGAUAUCUCUCUCGAUAAUACUCUUAUAUUUCAAAAAACAAAUCUCACAAUAUUGAGUAGUUAUUAUAAUAUUUGUUAUUUUUAGGUGAAAGGAGUUGAAAGGAAAAAAGAAGUAAGAUUGAAAAAGCACCAUAACGCUAACAUUUCAUAAUUUUUUUUAAUGUAAACGGUUAUUGAAAGAACUUUGGAUUUAGAGAAUG